UGUGUGCAGAGAUGAGCAGGACCGCACCUUCUGUGAGCGCUACCUGAAACUGGAGAUGCAGGGGUACCAGUGAAGGCUUAGCUUUCAUUGUCUUUGUCUUUUUUUUUUUUUUGUUGCCCCUCCUGCUUCUUUUAAACAUAGACUAGUACAGGGCGUUAGAAUAUUACCAUACAAUGCUCUGGUAUUUGAUGUUUUUACGUAAUCCCAGCCACUGAAACCAGGUACUUAUAGUCAAGCAGGGUUCAGGAGAUGAAAGACCUAAAACACGAAGCGCUGGAUGCUCUGAAUUUCCUGCCUCUGUUUCUACACAAAGUUUGUGUGUUUUCUGUGUGACUUGUGGAAUUAAGCUGCCUGCUAUUCAAGCUCUGAGGACAUUUUUUUAGGAAACUAUUCUAUUUUUUUUAUUUUCUAUUGGCUGAAGAUAAAUACUCUCACAACAGGCGGAUGGUCAGUCAGGCAGCCAUGCGAGGCCAGCGUGUGGUGGAGAGCGAGUGUCGGUGCUGGAACCCGGCCGUCUGGCUCCUGGUGUCCCUGCUGGGAUCCAUAGUGUUGGUGGCCGUCAGCGUGCUGCUGCGACUCGGAGACGUGAAAAUAAACAGACGGGCUGUAUCCACCAAUGACGUGCAAACCUCCGUGAAGACGCAGUAUCAAGUACAACUGGUGAAUGGACGCAACAGGUGCGAGGGCAGGGUGGAGGUGCGCUUCAAUGACUCGUGGGGCACGGUGUGUGACGACGACUGGGACAUGGUGGACGCCAACGUGGUGUGUCAGCAGCUGGGCUGCGGGGUGGCUGUGGCGGUGGGCAGCAGCUCUCAGUUCGGACAAGGCGCCGGGCUCAUACUGCUGGAUAAUGUGGACUGCAGAGGAAGUGAAACAGACCUCAGCCAGUGCAGGAGUCUGGGCUGGGGCGUCCACAACUGUUACCACUACGAGGAUGUGGGUGUCACCUGCAGAGAACCAGCAGUGGUGGGGCCAAAAGGUUUUGAGGAUCUCACCACACCCCCCCAGGGGAACACUGGUUUACGUGAUGGCACCAUCCGUCUGGUGAAUGGACAGAGCGCCUGCCAGGGCCGGGUGGAGAUCUACUACCAGGGAAGCUGGGGGACAGUGUGCGAUGAUGACUGGAUCCUCAACAACGCCCGGGUGGUGUGCCAACAGAUCGGCUGCGGCACGGCAGUCUAUGCACACACAAACUCCUACUUUGGCUACGGCACCGGCCUGAUUCUCCUGGACAACGUCAACUGCUAUGGCACUGAGCAGGACCUGGGUAAAUGCAAAAGCCUGGGCUGGGGCAAACACAACUGUGGCCAUCAUGAGGACGCCGGAGUCACCUGCACUGGAUCCACCACUGAAACUCCUGUGGCAACACAAAACCAGAGAGGACUCUGGGGAACAUUUAACACUGAAGCAACAGAAAAUAUUCCAGUCACCAAGUCACCAAGUCCAACAACUGUUACCACAACUGCCCAGACAAAAGGCAAACCAGCCAUUCGUGUGAUGAAUGGUAACAGUAGCUGCCAGGGUCGUGUCGAGGUCCUCUACAAAAAUGUUUGGGGGACAGUGUGUGAUGAUGACUGGGAUAUGCCCAAUGCCAACGUGGUGUGUAGGCAGCUUGGCUGUGGGCCAGCUAUUGCAGCCAAGACCCAGGCCUACUUCGGCUACGGUUCUGGUCCGAUCCUGCUGGACAACGUGGAAUGUGGCGGCUUUGAGCCGGAGCUGUCCCAGUGCUUCCACCUGGGCUGGGGUCAGCACAACUGUGGCCAUCAUGAGGAUGCUGGAGUUAUCUGUGCACCUUUUGUAUACUACAACGCAAUCGGACGUGACUUUAGAGUAACAGAACGGAUACCCGCCACCACCACCACACAGCCCUCUGAAGGAACGGUGAGACUGGUGGGUGGUCAGCACCAGUGUGAGGGUCGGGUGGAGAUGUACUUAAAUUCCGGAUGGGGCACAAUUUGCGAUGACGCUUGGGACCUCCCUGAUGCUCAGGUUGUGUGUCGCCAGCUGGGCUGUGGAGAGGCCACGGCGGCCCGGGGAGAGGCUUUCUUUGGGCCUGGAUCAGGAACAAUCCUGCUGGACAAUCUGAAGUGCAGCGGUGAAGAGGCUUCCCUGCAGGAGUGCUCCCAUAUAUCCUGGAACGUGCACAACUGUGACCACACCGAAGAUGCUGGCGUCACCUGCUCACUGUCGUGAUUUCAGCUGAACCACACUCCCAUCUCCACCAUGGGUAGGAGGUUGGCGUACCAACCUGGGACUUGUAUACAUAAUGUAAAUAACAACUUUCACAUUGCUGAAGGAAUACUUUACCACCAACAACAUACAAAGUAACUAAUAUAACAAUAUAUGAUUACAUAUUAUGACUAUCUAUGCCUAUUAAGCACUUUAUAAAUAAAUAUAUGACAUAAAAUACAAUGUACACAGUUUUUUUAUUUGAUAAACAAAGACAAACAAAGCUUUUCACUGUCUGUCUCUCUUUUUUUUGCCCAAAAAUGUUCAAAUAUUUACUGUACAUGUAUACUUUGAUGAUCAAGUAACAUACAGGAGAAAAUCCAUCCAUUUUUAAUUAUGUGGACAAAAGGAGACCUUUUUCUACUUCAGAUCCACAAGUCACAAAUAUGUAUGAUAAACCAAAUAGUAAUAUAAAUGGGAGAGAAAUAUAUAUACUACACACCACAUGUAUGCAAAAGAAACAUCCACAAAUAGACGUGUUAUAUCUUGUGAAUAUACACUAUCCAUCGACAAAUAAAUGAUGAUGUGUUUCUUCUGUUCUGUAAACCGUCAUAUAAAUAAAUGUAACUAAUAAUCAUUUACAUGUGACAAAAUAAAUCUUCUUAUUUUUCGGUAUAUGAUA